AUGAAAGUUGGAAUAAUAAAACAAUUUUUUUGGAUCCAGUUGUUUUUCCUCAGUGUUGUAUUGGCCAACACUAAAACAGUACUCGAAUUCGAGGGUACGGGAACGAAGCUGGUGAAUUCAUUGAGAGUCUUAGGUACACGCUCACAAAACUCCACGACUGCUGAAGAAAAAAUAUCUGAAAUUGAGAAACAAAUAGAGGAAAUCAAGAACAUGUAUAGUAGCCAUUCCUUUAUCCUGAAGGGGUUAAACGGUUUACUGAACAAUAAAGUGAAUACGCUAACAAAAGAACUUCAAAUGGAAAUAGCCAACAACAACACUUUUGAAGCAGAAACCGGAAAGGUGGCGAAGGGCUUGAACCAUGCCAUAGGUAUAUCCCCAUUCAGGUACAUCAACAAAUUUAAGACCAUCUCGACCAAAAAACUUGAAAGAAUCAUGAAGAAGUAUGAUCUAACUGCCAAAAAGGGCGAGGAAUUGACAGAGGAACAGAAGAAAAAGAAAGAGAUACUUUCACGAGUAAGCAGAGUUGUUGCCGCGACAACUAUUGAGGCAGGCCUGGCACAAGCAGUGGUUGAUUUAUGUAUUACAGUGACGACCAGUUUGUGCGUGAUUUCUGCAAGCAUAGGAGGCAUAGGAUUUCUCAUUUGGUUAACCAUUAUAUAUCAAGCUCUAAAAUGA